UCCAAAAUUUUGGAACCCACAAAAUUGUCAUGAUGAUGAUAUCAAGCCUACUUUAUGGCAAUUACAUUUAUAUCCGAAUGGUGAUUUAGGAGCUAGAAAUUAUAUUUCUGUUUCUCUUGAAGCUAUUAAAACACCAUUUGAACGUUCAAAUAAUAUAAACGAGAGAGAACAAAGACACAAGCUUGGAAUUGGGAAAACUUUUGUCAAUCGAUCAUCCAGGUCAAAAACUCAUCAAAAAGUUACAGAUAUCAAAUAUAAUUAUAAUUUCAAUAACCCACCUGCAACUUGGAUAUUGAAAGGAAUGAGAUUUUAUACGAAAAAACCGAUGGAAUCCAAAUAUUUUAAAGAAAAAUUUCAAGGAGAGUGGAAAGGGAAGAAAGUU